GCGGCGGUGUGGGUCGUCCUUCGGCCUCACCUCCUCCUCCUCCUCCUCGCCGGCGCAGAUCUGGCAGUUCGGCGAGUGGCUGGACGUGGUGGUGGACGACUACCUGCCCACCAAGGACGGCCAGCUGCUCUUCGUCCACUCCGCCGAGGGCACCGAGUUCUGGAGCGCCUUGCUGGAGAAAGCCUACGCCCAGUACGCCGCGCUCCCCUCCCCCCGCUUUCACGUGGGGAAGUCGGGCGUCCACCUGAAGCGGGAUUUCUUCCUGGCCAACGCCUCGCGCGCCCGCUCGGAGCAGUUCAUCAACCUGCGGGAGGUGAGCACCCGCUUCCGCCUCCCGCCGGGGGAGUACGUCGUGGUGCCCUCCACCUUCGAGCCCAACAGGGAAGGCGACUUCGUCCUCCGCGUCUUCUCCGAGAAGAAAGCCGGCACCGAGGAAAUGGACGACAAGAUCCAAGCGACGCUGCCGGAUGAGAAAGUGCUCGCUGAGAGCCAAAUCGAUGAGAACUUCAAGCAGCUCUUCAGGCAGCUGGCGAUACUUUUGAAAAAAUCGGGGAGCAUGAGCGCCUACGAGAUGCGGAUGGCGCUGGAGGCGGCAGGCUACAAGCUGAACAAAAAGCUGCACGAGCUGAUCAUCACGCGCUACGCGGAGCCCGACCUGGCCCUGGACUUCGACAGCUUCGUCUGCUGCCUGGUGCGCCUGGAGACCAUGUUCCGUGAAUUUGAGGGAAUUCUCACAGAUUUGGGGGGAAUUGUCACAGAUUUGGGGGGAAUUGUCACAGAUUUGGGGGGAAUUGUCACAGAUUGA